AUGAAUCAAAUCAAACGUCAACUUAGUGUAGAUAAGUCAUAUGAUGAAGAAAUAAUAAAAUUACGAAAUUUUGAUAGAAAACACAAAUCGAUUACUUCUAUUGAAAAUUUGUCCAAUGAACUUUUUAUUGAAUUUUUCGAUUAUCUCGAUGGAUGCGAUAUUUACGAAGCAUUUUCAACACUCAAUAUUCGUUUUCAGCAUCUUUGCUCAUCUGUAAUUUUAAAAAUAAAUCUUUCUUCAUCAUGUCCAACAAUUCUUCAGAAUAAGUGUUGUCAUAUUAUAUUUCGAAAUAAACAUCGAAUUAUGUCACUUUUUUUAUCGAAUAUAUUAGCUGUUAGUACAUUCUUCAAAUUUGGUACCAUUGAUUCAUCAUUUAAUCAUCUCGAAUCACUUGUUCUCAUUGGCACUCAGACAGAUCAUGUCAUGGGACUUCUCAUCAAAUUAACAUUUCUACCUCGUCUAUACUCAUUGACUAUUAUUCUUAAUGAUGAGCCGCCAACUCUAGUCGGACUAUAUGGGAUAGUUUUCAAAUUACCUUUCUUAAAAUAUUAUAAGAUCUCAUCAAAAGUAGAUAAUAAAUUUGUUCCAUUCUUACUUGCUAUUAACAAAGAAUAUAGUUGUAUUACACAUUUGGUGAUUGAUCAUUUAUGUACUUUGAAUCAACUCAUUGUCAUACUAUCGUAUACACCUCAACUUCGUCGUCUUAGUUGUGAAAAGUUGUCCGAAUCGUAUCCAAACACUACAAGAAUAGUACCAAUAAAACUUUCCUAUGUAAAACAAAUUCUUCUUUUUCGAUGUGAAUUAGAGUUUGAAAAUUUUGAGAUGUUUAUUACAUGUAUAUCUUCUCAAGUUCAAGAAUUAUGGAUUACUACAUCAAACAAUCCAGCCUAUCUUAAUGCUGAUCGAUGGGAAAUAUUGAUUUCACAGCAUAUACCCUAUUUACGAAAAUUCUUCUUUCUAUAUCAUGAGCCCAUCCAUGGUGUUUUUCAAUUGCAAUCACACCAUAAGUUGAUUCGUCGAUUUACUUCAUUAUUUUGGAUCGAACGACGAUGGUGUUUUGAGCUUAACAUUGAAAAUUGGAGUGAUGAUUUCAGACAUAUUACUUUUGUUAUUUAUCCAUUAACAUAUGAAAAAAAAUGGUACGAGUUUCAUUAUCAUACACAAAAUGAUACAUCUCUUGAUACAUAUACUAAUUGUAAAACAACACAACAACUCAUUAUUCCUCAUCAACAAAAAACGAUUAAUUCUUCAAUUAAUCUUUCUCAAGAUACUCGACUUAUUCUCGUAAUUUUUACUGGCGAGAGUUUCAACCAAGCUGAAAAGACUCAAUUAUUCAUUGAUCAGAUAAGAAAUAGUUUUACUAUGAUUGAUAUUAUUCAUUUGGAAGUUAGCUUUGAAGAAAUAUUUGUUGGUACAUUAAUUAAAUUUAUUCAAUUAUUUCCUAAUCUGAAUUCAUUGCAAAUUGCUUUUUGGUCAUUACUGAAAUUGAAUUGUUUAUAUGUUGAAGAUUCACAAAUUUUUCAUUUAGUCAAACAUAACAACAAAAUUACUAAAGUCAGUCUUCGUAGAAUACGAAAAAUUGAAGAUAUUUAUUUUCUCAUCGAUCUUUUUCCUCAAAUGCAAUAUCUUGAGAUCGAUUGUACAAAGUAUAUCGAUCCAAAAUUGUUUUUACGAUCUAUUUUACCGAUUAAUACUAAAUGCAUUGGUCAUCUCUCUUCAUUGUGUCUUUACGUUCAGAAAGUAAAUGAUGAAUUGAUUCAGAAAUUACAAAAAAUGAUUGAUCUAGAGAAACUACUCAGUGAUUAUACCAUUAAAUGUAUCAACAAACAAAGUAUCUAUUUACAAUGGAAAUGA